CAAGAUGGUCAAGCCAAUCAUCGUAGUAGCAGGCCCAGCAUCCUGCGGAAAGACCUCCGCAGCCGAGGCAAUCUCCCAAGAAUUAAGGUUUACAUACCUCGAGGGUGAUGACUACCACCCACCAGAAAAUAUCAAGAAAAUGUCUGAAGGCCACGCGCUCACCGACGACGACAGAUGGCCUUGGCUCGAGCGGUUGCGUGAGGCUGCAAUUAAGGCGGCGGAGGAUCCAGAGGCGGAUGGGGUUGUCGUUACCUGUUCGGCGCUGAAGAAGAAGUACCGCGACGUGCUCAACAAAGCUGAGCAGUUGGAGCAUGUUACGGUGUGGUACAUGUUCCUCAUCGCUACCGCCGAGGAGCUGGCGCAUCGGAUCGAAAUGAGGCAGGGACACUUCAUGAAGAAGGAGAUGUUACAGAGUCAGCUUGACGCGCUGGAACUACCAAAGCAGGGUGAGGAGAAGUCCGUGCAGAUUAAUGUCAUGGGAACGAAGGAGGAGAACAAACAGAAGAUCAUAGCGGAGACGAAGUGGAUCUUGGCGGAGAGUGCGAAGGUUAGCACUUCCAGUGCUGAUUCUGGGAUCGUUGCUUGAGAGAUGCAUAUGGAUAUGAUAGACGGUUUUGUAGCAUAUUGAUACCAGCGAUGCAUAUCAAUCGAGGCGCUGGUAGUAAAAGAACGAAGAUGGAUGCCAGGCC